CUCUUUUUACUCUAGUAAAUAGACAACCCAGCCUUUGUCUCUAUCAAAGAUGGCAAUUUCACACAUCAAUGAAUGUGAUAUCUUGGAAGAAGUUAUGAGUACUCAUGAUCCAGAUGACAAAGAAAAUUUUAAAAUUAAUGUUAUCUUCGAUUUAGUGAAGAGCAUUCUCUAUCCUACUACGAUGGGAGAUAGCAUUGAUGAAGAUGGGGAUUCUGAUAAGGAAGACUCUAAUGGCCAGAAAUCUGAUGAGGAAGACUCUAAUGGUGACAAGUCUGAUGAGGAAUACAUUAAAUGUGACAAGUUUGAUGAGGAACAAUGUGACGACAAAAAGUCUAAUAAGGAGGAAUCUGAUAGUGAGAAGGAAUAUGCUAAAGACAUGGAACUUCCCUAUCAAUUAAAGCGAUUUUCCUUCGAGAUAUCAUUGAUGUGUGCAAAUAAUGUGAAUCUACACUCAAUGGUAAUAUAUUUUCUAAGAAUGUUGUCCACAUUUUCCUGGGAAAGAAAGCUUUUGAUUAUGGUGGCAGCUUUCUCCCUCAAUUUUGGAGAAUUCAGCCUUGUUCAAUGUCACAAUAAGGGAUUGUCAGGCAAAUUGGCAAUUCUCAAGGGGCAUGAAAGUCAAGUUCUGCCAACGAUUACACAUUUUAUCAAAUCAAUCCUACAUUUAACUGAGCAUAUUGUUGAGCUUGCACAAUCAUCCUCUCACAAUUCAUCAACAAUCAUAUCGAUUGGUUGUUAUUGGAUCGUCACAAGUAUCCUUACUUAUGGAUCGUAUUUCACUUCUCGCCUUAUGAGUAUGCAUUCAGGGUGUUUCAUAGGUGGCGAAACACAAUUGUCUAGUUUAACCGUCAAAAUCAAAGACGUAAUCUCCGAUUGUCGUCCAAUACUAGAAAAAAAGAGAGAGGUGGAUUCUUACAAUGCAUUAUGUCAUGCAUUCUUUGAUGAGAAUCCAAUCCCCUCCACUUCUUCCACCUUGGAUGUUUUGAAUUUAGUAUUCAAUGCCAAGAAAGGUGUGAAACAGAAACUCAUAUAUGAUGGCCAUAGGAAUCAAAUGGUAGAAUUAUCUUUGUUGAAGAAUAAGAGCUUGCUCAUGUUAAUAUCGUCAAGUCUUGACAUUGACAAGUGCUUGAUUUUCUUACUUGAAAUCAUACAACAGAAAGCUCAAUUGCGUGUACUUUGGAUUCCGAUAUUAGACUCUCCUAUAUUUUGGGGUAUUAAAUACAUGGAAAAACAAUAUAGAAGUUUGGUAAAUAAUACAGAAUUACUCUUAGUGGAAAAUGUACAGAAAUCAGUAUCACCAGGAUUUGUACGAUUUGUUAAAGACAAAUUUUUUCCAACAUUCCAAAUAGGAGGUGAGCCUAUUAUUGUUUCGCUAGAUCAGAAUGGAAGGAUGGUUCACCGUAAUGCAAUGCACAUGGUAUUGAUGAGAGGUUUAGAUAUUUGUGGAAGGAUGUCUGAUCUGAAAGUGUUAUCGAAAAGAAGGAUGGCUGAUAUGCAAAUGGUAUCGAAAAGAAAGAUGUCUGUUGAAGUAGAGAUUGGAGACAUUAUAAUUCCGUUUUUACAAAAAGUGUUGACAGAAAGGGUUUCGACAAUGAUGGAUUUGGUGCCUGGCAUUGAUGGGAAUAUAAGUGAAUUUGCUAAUAAAGUGGAUGGUUUAAUAACUGAUUGGUUCGGUGACAUUCAAAAGCAAAUACAAAAUUUGGUUGAUAGUAACAUUUUCACAAGUAAGAAGGAAAACGAUUUAUGGAAGAUAGAAACUUGGUGCACUAAGCUUGUGUUGGGCAAUUUGGUUGAAGAGAACAGGUGCAUUUUUUUAAUUGGUGGGCAUGACAUACAAUGGGUUAAAACAUUUGAGUCCAAAGUAAUGUUAGAAAUUCAGUUUAACCCACAAUCACAAGUUAAGAUGUUCUACGUGGGUAGUAACGUGAAAGUAGCAUCAAUGAUUGAGGUAGACGGGAAAUGCAACGUAAAAGGUAAUCUAUUUUCUUCAUGGUUGUUUUGGUCACGGCUUCGAAGCAUAUUCAUGUCAAGGAUUAACUUCAUAGAAGAGACUCAUGGUGAUGAAGAGUGUGAUGAAAUUUUGAGAAAAUUAAAAAAGUUGCUAGCCUAUGAAGCUAAUGAUUUAGUAGUUAAGGAAUGGGCUAUGCUAUGCAAAGGGAACAAGAUAGUUGUAUGUGACCAAGGAGAUAAAAUGUUGAAGGUCAUGAAUGAAUAUGACAAAUGGAAGGAGAAUGCAAUAGCUAAAGGCUUUGACCAAGCAUUCAAAGAUUAUCAUGAGAUGCUUCAUUCUACUUCUACUUCUACUUCACUACAUCAUCAUCACCGAUGUGCUCUUAAAUACCCAUGUAAUUUUGAGAGUGUCCCAGAGGAUGUAAAAUGCCCUGAAUGUUGUCACGGUAUGCAAAAAUUUGUCACUUUCAAAUGCUACCACGACGAUGACGAUGGCGACGAUGACGGUGGCGGUGGUGGUGGCGCUUGCGGCGCGUCUUCCGGGUUCGCCUUAAAGCCUUUGCGUGAGCGCGAUAGAGAUAUACCCGUCUGA